AUUCCCGCUUUUCCCAUGGCUGUGCCAAAGCUAGCAGCCAACGAGGGCUCCAAGCCGGGACCCUGGUUGGAGAAAAUCCUGGGGCAUCCAGCGGCACGGAGGGUGGGAACCAGAUGAGCCCCCGCCUCCGCGCACGGUGCCCACAGUCACACCCCGCCUUGGUCCACCUGUGCUUAAAAAAAAAAAAAAAAAAGGCCCUUCAUGCGGCCGCAGAGGGCUCUGAGGAGGCACGAGAUGAAGGCAGGGUCCGCGGAGAGGUGGCAAGCUGAAUUCUGAGAAGCCGCUCUGACCCUGACCCUGGCGUCGCCCCUCCGUGGUGCAGGUGGCACCGGAGUUGGACUCAAGCGGAGAGCCGCACGCGCAUCCCAGUCUCACCGAGCCUUCCUAGGAGGAAAUGCCAGGCCCGGGCGCCCCUACCCCAAGGCGGUGAUCCUGUGAAGCUCGGGCCACCUCAGGGUCCAGCGCCCUCAGAGAUGGAUGGUGUUGGCACCGAGGGACGAGGCCGUUCCCUCUCUUUGAUGAACGGAGAAGCUCCUGGAGUGGUUCCCUGCGCAGUCUCGGGGUCCCCAGGCCGUGAUGGGGUGAGCAGGGUGCGCGGCGUGGCCCGGGACACGAGACCGACCCGGAGCACCCCGGCGUGAGCGGCGGGAAGGAGGGCCCGCCGGGAGAUUUAUGGCCGCAGCCGGCCCCCUGCGCACCGAGCGCGUCUCGGUCCUUUCCCAGCCAAACAGUGGAGUGGAGGACCCGACCCCGGCUGGAGGAAGAGGCCAGGGCCGGAGGCGGGGCCGAGAGGAGCUGGAAUCCAUCGGGGCUGGGCCUGGCGCAUCAGUCCCAAUUCUGCCCGCCUUGCGCCCUGGUCUCGGUGGGGUGUGGGGCGCUGGCGCCGCGUCCCUGGUCUUCCAGGCAGGUCCGGGCAGCUCCUGGCUGGGUUGGCCGGACCUCGACUUGGCGCUGUAUCACGGCCGGGCCUGUCGCAGCGAGGGGACGGCGAACGUGGCUUUCCCGGGCACAGCCUCUCCGGGUUUUAGCCGCGCCCGCCAGACACGGGACCUGCGGAAACCGGCGCUUAAGACACCCAGCCACACGGCCUCUGAGCCGGCAGCAGAAGCUGGCAAUCCCUCAGGGGGUGCCCUUCACCGAGAUGCUAGUGGAGAGUGGGAGCUUCGGUCCCCACCUGGAAAGGCGGUUGGCGCGACGGGUGGAGUGACUCGGGUGGCCGCGCCAAGGGAAGGAUACUGGCUUUUUCUUCCCCCGCUGGGGGAGGGAUAAGGGGAGAACGUGUCCAAGCGGCCAGAAACACCAGAAUUUGGGAAGAACCAGGUUCAACGCCGAAUUGAGAGGCCGUGUGAUCGCAGGAGCUGCACCAGCCCGGUGUAGGGGGCCGAGCCUGCGCCAACAAAAGCGCGACAGGGGUGACGGCCGGGCUCAAGGUUGGCCUGUCCUUUGGUUUUAAAACAAAGAGGGAGAAUUUUGUCAGUUGGGAGGCGUCCAGGGAGCGGAGGCCGGAGCCAGCGGCCUAGGAACACAGGAAAGGCCUCGGCUCCGGUGGCCCAGGCUGGCCGCGGAGAAGCACGCUGGGCCAGGCCUCGGCUAGCCAGGGCAGAUUCUCCCGCAACUGCGGCUUGGGGCAACGAGGAAGACCACCCCCCCAGCCGAUUUUCUACCCAGUCAGUAAAACACACACACACACACACACACAGACACACACACACACACACGCACUUUCACUUAGUUGCGUCCACACAGUUUUUGGCCACCUAUCCCGCUGGGUAAACAAAAGUAUGAGGGUGUGGGGAGGGGAUGGAAUGGGGGUGGGGCGCGGAAGAUGGCGGCUGGACCUGAUGUCCUAUGGCCUGUGCCCUAUGGCCACGGCGCCCAGUCUUGGUUUUUACAUUUCAAUGUGGCCCGCCAGACUGGGGAGGGCGUUUCCCUGGACCCUGAAGCCUAGUUAGGGAUGUCCUAGAGGCUCCCCUUUACGAACGGGGGCAUCCGGGCUGCACCCACUACUACUUCGCUUGGGAUCGGUCCUCCGCCCCAAGAUGGCUCCCAGUCGCUGUUUACUCAGCGACUGCAGGGACACCAGGGCGCGGGGCCGAGGAGCGGGCGAAGAUCAGGGAGCGUACAGAUUAGCCGGGGCAGGCGGCCUCUCCGCGUGGCCCGCCCGCGCCCCCAAGCACGCGGCAGCCCUGGAAAACCGCGUGGGCAGGAUGCGUCCUGGCCGCCCCGCCUGGUGGCCAGGAACUGGGAGCCACCGCCACCACCGCGUCCCCAGGCCCUGCGCCCCCGGCCGGACUCCGGUGGCUGCAGGACCGCGCAAAAAUGGAGUGGGUGCCAGGGGCAGGUAUAGAAGGGCCAGUGCGAGGGGGCUGGGCGCAGAGGGGAGGGGACCUCCUCUGCCCCGAAUCGCGGGCCCUAAUGAAAUACCGGCUGGGUUCGUCACACCGCCGAGGCGCACACUUGAAAAAUGCAAACGCCAUUGGCAAAUCCAGGAAAAACAGGCAGAAUUUUUAUUAGCAACUAAAUGAUUUAUGGCACACGUACCCCGCCGUCACAAUUACGGCGUCUCGGAGCAUCCAGGGGGUGAAAACAUAAAACAUUUAUAAAAAUAGGCCUUUGUUUUUUUGUACUCCGCAAGCCUUUUGUUUUCCCCACCCCAACUCUCUCAAGAUAUACGUAUUUUUUCCUUGAGCUAUAUUAAAAUAAAGAAAAACAUUCCCCAAAUCCAGGGCGGGGUAAUGCGGUGGGGAAUUAGAAUCUGGGCUUGGAAUAUUGGUGGGUAAAGAGG